UUCAAUCAUUUUCUCUUUUAUCUUGUUUGGUUUUAUUUUAUUGCAUUUAUCAAACUCCCAUGUAACUGGCAGAAAAUGUGUACGCUUACUCUAGCUGGCAUUGAAAUUUCUACUACCUACCUACUACGAUAUUUGACAGAUAUCGAGAAGGAGAAACAGGGUUCGACCUGCGAUGGGACGCCAGGCGGCGGCGGUGGUUCGGGGGGCGUCUCGGCCUCUCUCACCCCCGCCAUCUGGGACAAAACCAUCCCGUAUGACGGCGAGACCUUCCACCUGGAGUACAUGGACCUGGACGAGUUCCUGCUGGAGAACGAGAUUCCCAUCACGUUGGAGGAGGAGCUGAGCAAGAGUCCGCGAGCCGGAGGCACACAGGCUUUAUCUGCACCCUCCGACGAGCCGGCGACCGUCCCGCAGAUGCCUGAGGAGGAACACGAGGACGACGAAGAGUCCGAGGACGACUCGCUCACUGUGAACAUUGAGACGACAGCAG